AUGGACAGGCUUCAACAAGUAAUCGAACGUGGCAAUGAAGAUGAGCUAUAUCGCUUGAUUGAGCAAGAGGCAGAUCUCUUUGAUCGUACAUUUGAGGACCCCGUCGCAAAUACUCCACUCCACGGCGCUGCGGACAUGGGGCAAACUCAAGUGGCCAUGGAGAUGGCCAUCUUGAAGCCGUCGUUCGCUCAAAAGCUCAAUCGAGGGGGUCAAAGCCCUAUGCACUUGGCUUUGCGAAAGAAGCAUUAUCGCACCGCAAGGGCACUAAUGACCCUCAACCCCGAGUUGAUCCGAGUCCGAGGACGAGGUGGGAUCACCCCUUUGCAUUAUGUCGCUGGGGAAAAAGGAGACAAUGAGGAGGAGGUCCAGGCGCUCCUGGAGCUCUUGGCUGAAUUCUUAUGCGCUUGCAAAUUAUCCAUCGAAGACCCGACAAGCCGAUGCAAGACUGCGGUUCACAUUGCCGUCAAGAACCACAACCUCAGAGCAUUCAAAGUUUUGCUUGGAUGGCUUAAGCGAGUUUAUCUUAGAGAAAUCUUGGACUGGAAAGACGAAGAUGGUAACACCGUCUUACAUAUUGCUGUUUUAGAAAGGCAGCCCGAGAUCAUCAAGCUGUUGAUAGGGCAUGUCAAAGUAAAUGCAAAGAACUUUCAGGGUCUUGCGAAGAGCUUGCGCCGCUUAGGAUGCCUAGCAGGACUUUUUAGUCACAACGUCCCUCUGUCACAGUUUUUAAGCGUGGAACCAACCCUCUUUGAGAAGCUCAAACUUCAGUUCCGCUACCAAGAUGAAUCCGCUCGCAACAUAGUCCUUUUAGUGGCAACCUUGGUUGCGACCGCCACGUACCAAGUCGGGCUCACUCCUCCAGGAGGAUACUGGGGGGACAACACUUCAGAUCCCGCAGCCAAUUCCACCGUUGCCACCUCCAAUUCCAGCAGCGUUGCCGUCGAAAAACCACAUCAAGCUGGGAACAUUAUCCUGAACGGCUCGAAACUAGACCAGUUCAUGAUCCUCAACAGUAUGGUUUUUUUGGUCUCCAUCCUCACAAUCUGGAUCACCGCUGUUCCCCUAUUGCCCCAAACUAUCCUGGUUUACCUGUUAUCGUUAUUUGCCGGUUAUUCCUUCCUCUCUACCACUACAAUCGAAUUCCCGAAGUCCGAUAAGACCCUAGGAGGUCUCAUAGCGGAUUGUUUCAUGAUCCUGCUGGGUCUCGUGUUGGUGGUCCCCCUGUUCUGGUAUACAAGAUACGGCCAACGCGCAGUUGGAAUCGACGCCACAAGGAGACGCGUCGGCAGCCUCCUAGAGCUGAAAGAUCGGAAAUAGUUUGAAAGUAUUAUUCACUUUUAUUUUUUCUCCCGUAUGUAAUAGAACCCAUGUCUGUAUCUAGUACUGAGGUUUUCAAGGACUAGACUCUGUUUGUUAGUUGCAUGUACUGGACUCAUCUAUCAAUUCCUUAAUCCUAGGACAACUUUAAACUUGCUU